AUGGUGAAGGAGAGUCUGCCCAGCUGGGUCCACCAGGACUCUGACGAGGGCCUCGUCCACGUGAACGUCGGAGGCCUGAAGAGGAGCCUGUGUUCCAGCACGCUGAAGAAAUUCCCAGACACCAGACUGGGAAAACUGCUGGCAUGUGACUCAGAGGAAGACAUACUGCAGGUGUGCGACGACUAUGACGUGCAGCAGAAGGAGUUUUAUUUUGAUAGGAAUCCCGGCCUGUUCCCAUACGUCCUCCACUUCUACCAGACCGGCAAACUUCACAUCAUGGAGGAGCUGUGCGUCUUCUCCUUCAGUCAGGAGAUUGAGUACUGGGGCAUCAAUGAGUUCUUCCUGGACAGCUGCUGCAGCUACCGUUACCACGACCGCAAGCUGGAGAGCAGCCGUCAUCGCAGCUGGGACGACGAGAGCGACGUCAGCAGCAUAGACACGUCUGUGGACGAGAUAUCUGACCUAAACAGAGACAUGCAGCACUUCCAGGAAGUGCGUUACGGGAACAUCAGGAAGUGUCUGUGGCUGACGCUGGAGAACCCAGGAUACUCCAUCCCCAGCAAGCUCUUCAGCCUGCUCUCCAUCGGAGUGGUGCUCACAUCCAUCGCCACCAUGUGCAUCAACAGCAUCCCAGAGUAUCAGACGUUUGACUCUGAGGGGAAGCUGAUCGAGGACCCGACCAUGCAGGCUGUGGAGGCGUUCUGCACCUGCUGGUUCACCUUCGAGGUGGUGACGCGACUGCUGCUUGCACCGAACAGGAGGAAGUUCUUCCAUCACCCUCUGAACAUCAUCGACAUGGCGUCUGUGGUUCCCAUCUACAUCACCCUGAUCUUUGACAUGACUGUGGGAUCUGAGUCUGAGCUGGGAGACCUGGGACGACUCAUACAGGUGUUCAGGUUGAUGAGGAUCUUCAGAGUUCUGAAGUUGGCCCGACACUCGACGGGGCUGCGGUCUCUGGGCGCGACGCUUCGGCACAGUUAUCGUGAGGUCGGCAUCCUGCUGCUGUACCUGGCUGUGGGAGUGUCCGUGUUCUCCGGUAUCGCCUACACUGCUGAAUAUGAGGAGGACGUGGGUCUGGACACCAUCCCAGCCUGCUGGUGGUGGGGGACGGUCAGCAUGACCACGGUCGGUUACGGGGACGUGGUGCCCGUCACGGUGGCCGGGAAGCUGGCGGCCAGCGGCUGCAUUUUGGGCGGCACCCUGGUGGUGGCGCUGCCCAUCACCAUCAUCUUCAAUAAGUUCUCCCACUUCUACCGGCGUCAGAAAGCUCUGGAGGCGUCAGUGAGGAACAACAACCGCAGGAAGAUGAGGAUGAGCUGUGAGAACACGCCGGAGGAGGACGAUGAGGACGAGGAGGAGGGAUCGGACGGGGACAGCCGGUGUCUGGACGAUGACGAUAUUGACGAUAUCGAGGAGGACGAUAUAGACUAUGAGGAUGAAGGAGGCGUAAUAAAUUACAGCUACGUGGAGCACCCGUCCUACAUGUCCAUACUGAGGAAGAAGGAUCAGCAUCAGCUGUGAGGAUCAGCUCAGCUUCACAGCUGGUAAAGGCUGCGUUCACACCGGAGACUGAACCUGGGACACAGAUCAUGACUGUGAACACUGUGAACUGUCCUCUGUCACUGACCAAUGACCGAUCACUGUCUUAAAACUCUGCAUCGAUUCAAACAAACACAGAGGUGAUCAAUG